CGGAUUUCAGUAUGUUGUAUGUUUGACUCAAGACGACAGACGUACAGUGUGAUUGUGGCUUUGGUUGUUGCAGAGUAAAGUAGCUGCAAUUAUUGUUAUACAACCAAUUAAAAAAUAACGGGACAGACGCUCAUUAUACAUAAUUAUCUAACAAUCAUAAAGAAUGGGUCGAAAAGUUGCUUUAGCUACAUGUUCACUUAAUCAGUGGGUUUUAGACUUUGAAGGAAAUUUGGAAAGAAUUUUGAAAAGCAUUGAAAUAGGCAAAUCUAAAGGAGCAAGAUACAGACUGGGUCCUGAGCUGGAAAUAAGUGGUUUUGGUUGUAUGGAUCACUUCUAUGAGUCUGACACUCUCCUCCACUGUUUCCAAGUCCUGGAGAAGCUGCUUGUUUCCCCCAUCAGCCAGGACAUCAUAUGUGACGUAGGGAUGCCUGUGAUGCAUCGUAAUGUUUGCUAUAAUUGCAGAGUCAUAUUUCUAAACAAAAAAAUCCUCUUGAUUCGCCCCAAAAUGAUUCUAGCAAACACUGGAAACUACAGGGAAUUCCGCUGGUUUUCACCAUGGAACAAGCCAAGGAAAGUGGAGGAGUAUUUUCUUCCAAGAAUGAUACAGGAGGUGACUGGGCAGGAAACAGUCCUGUUUGGAGAUGCUGUCCUGUCAACCAAGGAUACAUGUGUGGGAAGUGAAAUGUGUGCAGAACUAUGGGCUCCAAACAGCCCCCAUAUUGACAUGGGCCUUGAUGGAGUGGAGAUAUUCACAAAUUCCUCAGGAAGCCAUCAUGAGAUCAGGAAAGCUCAUAGCAGAGUGGACCUUGUGAAGUCAGCCACUGCAAAGACUGGCGGAAUCUACUUGCUGGCCAAUCAGAAAGGCUGCGAUGGUGACCGCCUGUAUUACGAUGGCUGUGCAAUGAUAGCAGUGAAUGGGAACAUCGUAGCUCAAGGAGCCCAGUUCUCCAUGGACGAUGUGGAGGUCCUGACUGCUACUUUAGACCUGGAAGACAUUAGAAGCUAUCGGGCAGAACUACCACUGCAAAGUAGGUCUGAGCCCUAUUGCAGAGUGAAGGUUGAUUUUGCAUUGUCUGCUCACGACGAUGUCUUUGUGCCAACUUACGAGCCGAUUCAGUGGAGGUACCACACACCUGAAGAGGAAAUCAGUCUAGGGCCGGCAUGUUGGCUUUGGGACUAUCUGCGACGCAGUGGUCAGGCUGGCUUCCUGCUGCCACUCAGCGGAGGGAUUGACAGCUCAGCUACCGCUUGCAUUGUGUACUCAAUGUGCCUUCAAGUGUGCCUAGCUGUUAAAAAUGGAAAUUCUCAGGUGCUGGAGGAUGUGCGGAGGGUAGUGUGUGACAUCACCUACACCCCGCAGGUACCCACGGAACUGUGCGGUCGGAUUUUCACCACCUGCUACAUGGCCAGUGAGAACUCCUCCCAGGACACCUGCAACCGGGCCAAGGAGCUGGCAAAACAGAUUGGCAGCUACCAUAUAAACCUCAACAUUGAUAUGGCAGUGAAGGCCAUGGUUGGAAUCUUCUCUAUGGUAACUGGGAAGUGGCCACAAUUUCGAGUGAAUGGGGGAAGCAGCAGAGAGAACCUGGCUCUUCAAAAUGUGCAGGCUCGAAUAAGGAUGCUCCUGGCUUAUCUUUUUGCUCAACUCAGCCUGUGGGCUCGGAACAAACCAGGAGGUCUUUUGGUGUUGGGAUCAGCGAAUGUGGAUGAGAGCCUGAGAGGGUAUAUGACCAAGUAUGACUGCUCCAGUGCAGAUAUAAAUCCGAUAGGCGGGAUAAGCAAGACAGACCUCAGGAGCUUUAUCCAGUACUGCAUUGAGAACUUCAAUCUCACUGCACUGCGCAGUAUUAUGUCUGCCCCACCCACAGCGGAACUUGAGCCCUUGUCAGAGGGACAGAUCCAGCAGACAGAUGAGGCUGACAUGGGGAUGACUUACUCUGAGCUCUCUGUGUAUGGCAGACUCAGGAAGAUUGCAAAGUGUGGCCCGUACAGCAUGUUCUGUAAACUUAUUCACACCUGGAGGGGGAUCUGUUCUCCGGGACAGGUGGCAGCAAAAGUGAAGCAUUUCUUUCAGACAUAUUCAAUCAACAGGCACAAAAUGACUACCCUGACACCCGCUUACCAUGCUGAGAGCUAUAGCCCUGAUGACAAUCGGUUUGAUAUGCGGCCCUUUCUCUACAACACUGCCUGGCCCUGGCAAUUCAGAUGUAUCGAUAACCAGGUAUCCAAGAUGGAAAGUGAAAAUGAGACUCAAUUUCAUAAUGCCUUGGACUGAACCACCUUAUCUUUGCUCAUGAUGUAACACUGUCGUUUACAAAGCUUUAACCCAUCUGGGAUACAGACAAGAAGAAACGUUUCAUUAAUACACCAAACUUUUUCUAUCAUUUAUCCAAACAGACAUUUAUUACAAUCUCAAGUCAGGGCCUGAGUGUCUCCUGUUUUCUUCUGGCUGCCAUGCUGUACUGUUGUACAAACCUUAAUAACAAGACUCAUAUAUGCAGUAUGUCUUUACCUAUGUUCAUCUAUUUUAUCCUAUUUAAUCAGGAAAGUGAUCAAAUGGGAAAAUGAUCAAAUGGGAAAUAAUGGAAAAUGGAUUUGUACAUAACAAGAUCUGUGUCUCUAUUACUAAGAGCACUCUCUUGUCCUGUUGCUGUUUAAUUAUUGGCCUCUAGCACAGUAUUGUAAUAAUAUAUACUUCUGUCGAUCACUACAUGCAAAGCAUUACGCUACAUGCAAAGGCCUACAGUGUGUGUGUGCGUGCAUAUAUAUAUAUAUAUAUAUAUAUAUAUAUAUAUAUAUAUAUAUAUAUAUAUAUAUAUAUAUAUAUAUAUAUAUAAAUUCAAGAUCUAUCUAAAUAAAACAAUGUCAGUCUUGAGUUAUUUUAAGCCACUGAGUCAGCAUUACAGGACUUAUCCUAUUGUGGUUUGAUAGAAUAGGUAGGGAUUUAUUGAUUAAAAGUGCAAAAAUUUGAAAAAUGAAAUAAAAGGAAGAUGCGUCCU